UUUAUGUUUAUUUAAAAAUUUUUUUAACAUGUUUCAGAGGUUCAUUUUUUCUUUGAUUUUUCUAAAAUUCUUUUAAUGUGUUGCUUUGCAUAGGUUUUAUCGUACCAUAUUUAACAUGGUAUUUAAAAAUCAGACUUUAAAAUCACAAAAUAUACUACGUUAUCAUAUUAAUAAAUUUUUUACUAAAGUGUAAAAUAUAAUAUAAAUUUUCCGGGAAAUGAGUAUUUAUCAAAGAGAGGAAGAGCUAGAUAGACUAUUAGUCCAGCUGAAGGGACUUUUAAUAAAGUACGAGAGCCACAGUUCAAGUGCUCAGAGUGACAAAUACGCCGAAGGUGUUUUAAUUUACGAGAGGGUGAAGUGCGCAGAAUCUGCCUACGCGAAAGAAAUUGAGAAGCUGCAGCACCAAUCUAAGGGAUCGCAUAAUCUCCGUUUACAGGACAAACAGAAGCUUUUGAGUGAAUUGAAAUUCAAAUUAGAUCAUUUAAAGAGUCUCGUUGAAGCCAAUCAGGAUAAGUUAUCUGAUAAACAUGCUGAUCCUAACUUACCUUACAGUAAUAAACUUAUCGUUUGGGGUAAUGAAAUUCAAGAUAAGACUCAAGACAGUAUAAAUAGGAUACGUGAUUUAACGAUAGAUAGUGAGAAGAUUGGAGCUGAUGUAACCACUGAUUUGGAACAGCAAAACGAGAGUCUAAACAGAAUCCGUGUUACUAUUCACGGAGUUGACGAGAACUUGGCAGCUGCUAAAAACACCGUUAAGACUAUUGCAUCGGCAAUCGUUAGGGAUAAAUGUACCAUCAUCCUCGUCGUCACUAUUAUUCUAUUGAUUGUAUCAAUUGGACUUUGCGCCUACUUUUUCAGGGACAUUAAAACCUAAUUUACUCUAAUUCACACUUUGUAAUAUAUUUUAAUCUCAAUAAUAGUCAUUGUAGCACACUU